GUGUUCGGUAUUGGCGAAUACUCUGAAAAAAUGUUCAUUGUACGGUGGAAUAGUGGAGUAAAAUCGGUCCGCGUACAGUAACAGUAGUAACAGUUGAGUUGAGCGUUGUGUAUGUGUUAUAAUUCAUUUCAUUUCAUUCGUAGUGUGGUGAAGGACGUGAAUGGUUAGCGGUGACAGUUUCGCUGAGUGACCGGUGUUGUAUUUUUUUUUUCGAGCAGUAAUGACAGUUGUUUGGGUUUUACCUCACUGAUUGAGCAAACUGGAUAACCUGGAACUGAGUCGAGCUUACUGAAUGCCUUCAGAAACAAAAUGGAAAGUGAGAAAACAGUCCUUCAGAGGCCGCCGCAUCCUCGCGCCAAAGCCGGUAUAUUUUCAAUAGCUACGUUCAGUUGGACGUUGGAUUUAUUUUUCAAAGGCCGCAAACGCGAUCUCGUUGUUGGCGAUCUCUAUGAAACGCUGAAAGAUCAUUCGUCGUCCGCUUUGGGAAGUACCCUAGAAAAAUACUGGAAUAAUGAAUUGGAUAACGCUGUCAAGGGUAAACGCGAUCCGAGUCUAUUACGAGCUUUGGUCAGAAUGUUUGGAGCACGUAUGAUGAUGUACGGCAUGGUCUUGGCAGUCGUCGAGAUUUUUUUGAGUUACAUACAACCGUACUGUAUUCGAAAAAUGAUCGAGUAUUUCAGUUCGACGGCCACCACCAUGGUGGCGACCAACGUUGACGCCACUGCCAACAUCAUUACCAAUACCAAUACUGUACCUGAUCAGAUGCCCUUUUUAUACGCUAGUGGUAUUAUACUCCCAAGCUUGGUCUUCAGCUUCGUAUCGCAUUGGCAAGCCGACAACGUUCUGCAAAUUGGUAUGCGAAUUAGAGUCGCAGUCUGUUCUAUCGUUUACCAAAAGGCUUUAAAAUUAAGUAAAACGGCUUUAGGUGAAACGACCGUGGGCCAGGUAGUUAAUUUGUUGUCGAACGACGUAAAUAGAUUCGAUAUAGCUGUGAUAUUUUUACAUUACUUAUGGUUAGGUCCAUUAGAAACAAUCAUUGUUACCUAUUUUUUAUGGCAAGAAAUCGAUUGGGCUUCUUGCAUCGGAGUCGCGGCGCUCUUACUUUUUAUACCGCUGCAAGGUUAUUUAGGCAAAAAGACGUCGGCUCUUAGAUUAAAAACUGCAAUUAGAACCGACGAAAGGGUUCGUCUAAUGAAUGAAAUCAUUUCCGGUAUACAAGUAAUCAAAAUGUAUACGUGGGAAAAGCCAUUCGCCGCCUUGGUCGCCAAAGCUAGAAAGAAAGAAGUGAACGAAAUCAAGGGAACGUCACAUAUUCGAGGAGUACUGCUAUCGUUUAUCAUUUUUCACACGAGAAUAGCUCUAUUUUUCAGCAUUUUUUCAUACGUAGUCGUCGGUAACACGAUCACAGCACAAAAGGUAUUUGUAAUUACUUCCUAUUUCAACAUUCUACGACAGACGAUGACGGUAUUCUUUCCGCAAGGUAUUGGACAAAUAGCCGAAGCUUUGAUAUCGAUCAAACGAUUACAGACUUUCUUGAUGUACGAAGAAAAUGAAAUUUACUCCAAACACUCGUUCACACGAAACGGAAUGAAAUCAUCUAAAGAAAACGGCGAAGCGAAAUCCGCAACAGCGACGAAAGUUGGCGAUGAUAAAGAAGUCGAAAUGAAACCGAUGACCAACGAUAUUCACUCGAAAACUACGGAAGAAAAGUUGGCCGUUCACUUGAAAAAUGCCACCGCCAAGUGGAGUGAAAAUUCGGCCGAAAAUAGUCUCAACGACCUGAACAUCAAAGUGGCCAAACGAAGUUUACUCGCGGUUAUCGGUCCUGUUGGUGCCGGAAAAUCUUCGAUUCUUCAAGCUAUAUUGAGAGAACUUCCGUUGAAAAGCGGCGAUAUCAAAAUUUCCGGUACCAUUUCGUACGCUUCGCAAGAACCUUGGCUGUUUGCCGGAUCUGUCAGACAGAAUAUUCUUUUCGGUUUACCUAUGGAUAAGGAACGUUAUCGGCAGGUCGUUCAAGUCUGCUCUUUGAAAACAGAUUUCGAGCAAUUUCCUUACGGCGAUAAAACCAUAGUCGGCGAACGAGGAGUCUCACUUAGCGGAGGACAAAGAGCUAGAGUUAAUCUUGCCAGAGCUGUGUACAAGAAAGCCGAUAUAUACUUAUUCGACGAUCCAUUAUCUGCAGUAGAUACUCGCGUUGGUAAACAUUUAUUUGAAGAAUGCAUCGCAAAUUAUCUGAGCGAUAAGACGCGUAUUUUAGUUACUCAUCAGUUACAGUACCUGGGAAAUGUCGAUCAUAUCGUUCUGCUCGAACAAGGAUCAGUUACGGCAGAAGGUUCCUUCCAACAACUGCAAGAAACCGGAUUAGAUUUCACCAAACUCUUAUCGACGCCCAAAGAAUCCGAAGAUGGCAAAAGUACCGCCGAAGAAACACCCGAAGAAAUCGUUAAACCGUUGCAUACUCGACAAAUCUCAGUUCAGAGCGUAGCGUCGUCCAUGGAAGAUGGACUGGCCAGUGAUCGCGAACCAAAACCCGUAGAGGAAACCGUCACUCAAGGUUCCGUAGGCAUGUACGUGUAUCGCGCCUAUUUCGCAGCCGGCGGACAUUGGUGUUUCGUAUUUUCCAUGUUCUUUUUGUGCUUUUUCGCGCAAGUUUUAGCUUCAGGAAGCGACGCUUGGAUAACAUAUUGGGUGAAUUUAGAAGAUGGUCAUUAUCCGUGCAAAGAUCCGGAAAGAGCGAAGAACAUGACGACCUGCGACAAAACACCGUUAUUCGAUGUGUCGCGAGAAUGGUGCAUUUAUAUCUUCGCUGCGAUUACAUUCAGCAUGAUUAUAGUCACCUUGAUCAGAUCGUUUACUUUCGUUAAAAUGUGUAUGAAUAUUUCGAUGAAUUUGCACAACGCCAUGUUCAACGGCAUCACCAGGGCGUCUAUGUAUUUCUUUAAUACGAAUCCGUCGGGCAGAAUAUUGAAUAGAUUUUCCAAAGAUAUGGGCUCCAUUGACGAAAUGCUACCUUCGGCAUUGAUAGACUGUGUUCAGAUCGGAUUCACUUUAUUGGGUAUUAUCGUGGUUGUUGCGUUCGUGAAUCCGUACCUGUUGAUUCCGACCUUCAUCAUCGCAUUUAUAUUUUAUAAAUUACGACAGUUUUAUUUGGCGACUUCUCGUAGUGUGAAGCGUUUAGAGGGAAUCACUCGUAGUCCAGUAUUUUCGCAUUUGAACGCGUCUCUUCAAGGAUUGACGACGAUACGAGCUUUCGGAGCGCAAACUAUUUUAGAAAAAGAAUUCGACAAUCAUCAAGAUUUACAUUCGUCAGCGUGGUACUUAUUUUUAGCGACGAGUCGAGCUUUCGGAUUUUGGCUAGAUAUGUUUUGCGUUUUAUACAUAGCAUUAGUUACAUUCAGUUUUCUACUCAUCCUCACCAGUACUAGCGGCGGUAACGUGGGUCUAGCCAUCACUCAAGCUAUCGGAUUAACGGGCAUGUUCCAAUGGGGAAUGCGACAGUCAGCCGAAUUAGAGAAUCAGAUGACUUCGGUCGAGCGAGUAUUAGAAUACGGAAACGUCACUCCCGAAGCAAAUUUGGAAUCACCUCCCGAUAAGAAACCGCCAGCUUCUUGGCCCGGCAAAGGAGAAGUCGUCUUCGAAAAAAUGUAUUUGAAGUACGAGCCGAACGGACACUUUGUACUCAGAAAUCUCAAUUUUACCAUCAAACCCGAAGAAAAGGUGGGAAUCGUCGGUCGUACCGGAGCUGGUAAAUCAUCGCUGAUCGCCGCUCUAUUCAGGUUGGCCGAAAAUCAGGGACAAAUCAGAGUAGAUGGUAUCGAUAUAAAUACGGUAGGAUUACACGAAGUGCGUUCGAAAAUUUCAAUCAUACCUCAAGAACCGGUGCUGUUUUCCGGCACGAUGCGUAAAAAUUUGGAUCCUUUCGACGAAUAUCCCGAUCACGUGUUAUGGAACGCCCUAGAAAAAGUUGAAUUGAAAGAAGCUAUUAAUGAUCUCACUGGCGGAUUGAACGCCAAAAUGUCCGAAGGUGGCUCAAAUUUCAGCGUUGGACAACGACAAUUGGUCUGUCUAGCCCGAGCUAUCGUGAGGAACAAUAAGAUAUUGGUUUUAGACGAAGCUACGGCCAAUGUAGAUCCGCAAACGGACGCCUUAAUUCAGAUGACGAUUAGAGAGAAAUUCAAAAAUUGCACUGUUUUGACCAUUGCUCAUAGACUGAACACUGUUAUGGACUCGGAUAAAGUACUGGUAAUGGAUGCCGGAACUUGCGUUGAAUUCGACCAUCCUCACUUACUGUUACAAAACAGAGAAGGAUUUUUGAGUAAAAUGGUGGAGAAUACCGGACGAGGAACUUCGGAAUUAUUGCACGAUAUCGCGCGCAGAAGUUACAAGAACCUCGCGGAUAGUAUCAUUCCUCACAUAGAUGAAGACCUACCAGACGUAUACUUGGAUAUGAAAAAAGAUUUAUAAUACUCUUCGACGUUCGAUGAACUUGUUCAAGUUACCGUUCGUUAGCUUUCUAGGUUCCCUGAAAUGGCGGUACGCAUCUGGAGAAUACUUUUUGUUUUGUUGAGUAUUAAGUAAUUUAAAUUAGUAUAUUUCACUUGUUACAACCGCAAUAAGAUCCACUUUGGUGCCUCAAGAAUCGAGUGUCAAUUUUGUUGUGAUUUCCUGAUAAAAUAACAAAUAUACGUGAUGAAAUUGUUCAAA